AAUCGUUAAGUCGUCAAGAAAAGCAUGAGAAAAGCAGUUAUUUUAUUUUUAUGGCAUUUUAAACUCUCGUGAAAUCAGUUUUUACCUAUUUGCAGAUUAUCAUGCAAUUUGAACAUCAAUAUCGGCCUUGCCAAUAUCAUACUCGUAUUACAUGUAUGACUAUAUUUAUAGAUUGAAAACCGGAUCAGAUACUAACCAGUUCGAAAAAGACGAUCGACUCGAUACACUGCUACUGGCGCUACUUGUUAAGAAAAUGUGCGCCAAAGUUGCUUUUUUAUAUGUGUUUAUUUGUUUUAUUUGUGAUCUAGUGUACACAGUAGUUAUAAGAAAUAAUUGUAGCGAUUGCAUUGGCUACAAAUCAUGUACCGCUGCUGUGGUAGCCACAGACAUGUCUCUGUACACCCAGCUCCGGAGCGCCGACUGCGGGUUAGACGACGUCAGGCUACGGAAGGUAUGCUGCGCUAAGCUGACAGCUGGAGUGGAAACCAUAAUGGCUAACAGCCUUCAUUACCAUCCAAACGUUCUCUUGUUACCGGAUAACUGUGGCAUCGGGGAGGAGGACGGUUAUGCGAACAGAAUCGCAGGCGGAGUUCCCGUCCUGGCGCUUUACGAAUAUCCAUGGAUGGUCUUCAUAUCUUAUAAGACAACGGAGGGUAUCCAGUUUCAGUGUGCUGGUAGUCUUAUCAAUGAUCGUUACGUGUUGACUGCGGCCCAUUGUCUCUCUGGUCUGGAGGUGGUCGGCGUGAGAAUACGAAUUUACGAAGACACGGACUGCCAGGGAGCUUCAUUCGGAUGUGAAGCUACUAUACAGGAUAUACUCAUAGAAGAAGCUAUUCUUCAUCCAGGUUACGAUUACAAACCAGUCAUACGAAAUGACAUCGGACUCCUGAGGCUGACAAAUCCUGUAAAUAUAUUAUUCAACAACGCUGGCACAGUCUGCCUGCCAGUGACCCGGUCCAUGCGACGCCGGAAUAUUGUCGGAUUGCCAGCUACCGUCACCCACAGGGAGCGCUCGGAGAAAAGCUACGAGUCAGCAACACUGCUCUAUGUCAACGUGUCCAUUUACACUGCCCAGUACUGCCAGGAGCAGUACAACAGUAACAGAAAACAUGGCGAAGAAGACGACAUGAUCAACAAGAUCUGCUCUGACUCCAACAGUAAGGGUUCCUGUCGAGGGUUCUCCGGAGCCCCUUUAAUGGUGUGGGAUCGAUUUGGGGAUCGCAACCGAUUUAUCCAAUAUGGCAUCGUGUCGUACGGACCAAACCGUUGCGGCACUCCUUUUCCUGAGGUGUACACUGACGUCACCAAGUACAUGGCAUGGGUUUUGAACACGAUAAAACCAUAGAUAAAAGGAUGGCCAGGAAGGAAAUGAAUUAUUUAUAAACACGAUUUUGUUAAUAGUUUAAUUAAAUUAUACACAAGUUGAUGGUGUAUUUUAUAUUAUAUAUAUUGAAAAUGAGAAAAAAUAUAGAUCCAAUCCACGAUCAAUGGAUGGAUCGGAUUGGGUUCUACGGAGCCUCUUUAAUGGUGUGGCAUAGAUUUGGACAUUCUAACGGAUUUAUCCAGUAUGGAAUUUUGUCGUAUGGACCGAACGAAGUGUACACUGACGUCACUAAGUAGAUGGCUUGGUUUUGAAUAUGAUAAAACCGUAAAUCAGCACAAAUUUUGGAGGGAAGGUGAGGAAGGCAAUAUUUUUUUUAUAGACACUAUUGUUAAUGGCAAAAUAAGUAUUGUUAAAAACAGAAAUGGUGAAUUUUAUUAAAUUAAGCAUAAAUUGA